AUGCGGCGUGUUGGGAAGAAGACCGGGGUGCCCCAAGUUCCCUGUCCGGGUGCUUUGUUGCCGUGCUUGCCUCCAAGUGUGUGUGUGUGCUGGAGUCCGACGCUGCUAGCCGGGGCUAAUGUGCCUUGCAGAGGAUGUGCCCAAGCCGCUCUCUCUGACCACCUCCUGCUUUGGGUUUCCUUUCAGAUCGAUGACAUCGCAGAUGGUGCCGUGAAACCCCCGCCGAACAAGUACCCCAUCUUCUUCUUCGGCACUCACGAGACCGCCUUUUUGGGCCCCAAAGAUCUGUUCCCCUAUGAAAAGUAUAAGGACAAAUAUGGGAAACCAAACAAGAGAAAAGGCUUCAACGAGGGAUUAUGGGAAAUCCAGAACAACCCUCAUGCCAGUUACAGUGCCCCUCCGCCUGCCAGCUCCUCUGACAGUGACAUCCCCGAGAAUGACCCGAUGGGGGGAAGUGAUGCUGGUGAUGAUGAGGAAGAUGCUGCCAUGGCUGCAGUCACCACAGAGAAAAUGGAAAGUGAUGAGGACUCAGAUCGAGGCAGCGACCACAGCGGGCUCAAACGAAAAUCACUGGCAAUGAAAAUGCCAGUGGCAAAAAGGCCUCGGAAAUCUUCAAGUGAAGAUCAGGGCAGCCCCUCCCUGACAGAAGAAGAGAAUUCGGAAACAUCUUCUGAGUCAGAAAAAAACAGUGACCAGGACUUCACUCCUGAGAAGAAGCCAGUGGCCAGGGCUCCCCGGAGGAUGCCUGCAGGGGGAAGGAAGAAGAAGAAAGUGGAGUCUGGCUCCGACUCUGACUCCAAAGUGGACUCGGACUCAGAAAUGGGAAAUGCAACUGUGGACAUGACCAAGUCAGACUCCAACUCCGAUUCAGACUCCGAUGUGUCUGUUAAAAAGCCUCAACGGGGCAGAAAGCCAGCUGAGAAACCCCCUCCCAAGCCCCGUGGUAGGAAACCAAAACUUGAGCGUGUCCCUAUCAGCUCCAGCAGCGACAGUGAUAGCGACAGUGAUGUGGACCGUAUCAGUGAAUGGAAGAGGCGAGAUGAGGAAAGGCGACGGGAGCUGGAAGAGAAGAGGAAGAGGGAACAAGAGGAAGAAAUCCGCCGGCUCCGGGAGCAGGAGAAGGAGGAGAAAGAGAAAAGGAAGGAGAAAGCAGAGAAGGGCGAGGAGGUGCACUCAGACAGCGACAGUAGUGCAGAUGAUGAAGUGGCCAAAAAGGGCAGAAAAGGCCGGGGUAAGGCCCCAUCCUCCUCAGACUCUGAGCUGGAGAUGGAGAAAGAGGUAAAGAAACCAGUGAAGAAGCAGCCCUCAGAGUUGUCAAGGAAACCAAAUCAGAAGGAGAAGAGAGGCCGAGCAGAGGAGAAACCACGAAACAAACCUUUGAAAGUGGAAAGAGGCCGGAAGAAGUCUGACCUGAUCCCUGAAAGGAGAAUGGAGAGGAAGAAGGAGCCCACAGUUGAAGAGAAACUUCAGAAACUUCACAGUGAGAUCAAGUUUGCCUUGAAGGUGGAUAACCCAGACAUCAAGCGGUGCCUGAAUGCAUUAGAGGAGCUGGGUGCACUCCAGGUCACCUCUCACAUCCUCCAGAAACACACUGAUGUGGUGGCUACUCUAAAGAAGAUCCGUCGCUAUAAAGCAAACAAGGACGUGAUGGAGAAAGCUGCUGAAGUCUACACCCGCUUGAAGUCGCGUGUCCUAGGACCAAAGAUGGAAGCAAUCCAGAAAGCCAACAAAGCCGGGCCUGAGAAGGACAAGGGGGAUGUGGAGAAAGGCCAGGAGAAGCUGUCAGGAGGGGAGACACAGAAUGAGAAGGGAGAAGAGGAAAUGAAUGCUGACUUGUCAGGUCCUGUGAAUGGCGAAUCGUUGUCCCAAAAAACGGAGGGCACAGAGGAGCAGGAGAGAGACAAAAGCCGAGGGCCAGGAGCUGGAGAGCCAGAGGCACCUAGCGAGGAGGCCCAUAACAACGUGCAGGAUUAUCCUAGCACCGAAAGGGAGAGGGUUCGUGGGGAGUCAGAGUCUGUGGAUGAUGCAGAGGAGAGCUGAGGAUGCGGAGAGCUGAGCACGUGGGACUGCCUGCAGGAGGAUGUUGGAAGGGCCACAAAACCUGCUCCGAAGGGAGACUGGCCUCUGCCUUGCCCAUCUUUGCGUUACUUCACUAAGUCACACAGUAGCUGAUGUCCUAGGUCUUGUCCUGUGCCCCUGACCCCGUGAAAGCACUGAACGUGGGGGGAGACUGUGCUGUUUUGUCCGUAUUUGUCCCCUCUUUUUUUUUCUUUUUUCCCCUUCUCCCCCCCCCCCACCUAAUUUCUUGUGAUUUCAACCGACAUGAAAUGAAUAUAAAGGGUUUUUUAAUGAAAAACACAAAGAGCCAUAGUGUCUAUUUCUUAAGGCACCGUUGACUGUGACUAGGGGUGGGCAGGAGCCUCCCUCAUCCCUUUCUCCCUGUCCAGGGCUGGGACCAGAGCAAAUCCCCAAGGGUCCCUAUUCCCUUGGGCCCUGAACUGGGCUGAGCACCCAGAGUUGGCCCUGUCCCUGCCACAGCUGUCCCCAAGGGGUGAUGGUGGGGCCUGACUGUGCUCCCAGCCUUCCUUCUUCAUUUUCCAGUGCUGGUGCUGAGUGCAGCCCCACUAGGGAAGGGACACAAGGACUUCUCCCCUCAGUGGCAGAUCCUCACUCUGUUGCUCUGAGCCUCUUUUUCCCUCCUGUGGUUGCAGCUGCUGGAGCCUGGUCCCUCCACUCCAGCAGAUGCAGCAGGGCUGGCAUCUGCCUUUGGGUAAGCACAGUGAAAUUGUGUAUUCUCCCCUAUGUUGGCUGGGGGACUCAUCAGUGGCAGCAUCCUGCCUUGUGCUGGGCAGCAUCUUGUUUGUCUGUCUGUCUUUCUGCUCUUUUGCAAGAAAUCUGAAGCUUUUGUACAUGCAAAAUAAAGAUGUUCCCAGCUCAA